AUGGAAUUGACAGCAUUUAGGCAUCAGGUAGGCGGUCAUUUUGGCAUAUUAUCAUGUAACGGACACGUGGCAAAACCGUUCAAUCGUCGAGAAAUGGCUUUUUAUAAGAUGAUGAACACCCAAUUGAAGCAUUUCGCGCCAGCAUUUUGCAAAAAAGUGACAGUUCGAGCGUCGACGAACCCGUCAACCGGUCAAAUCAUUUUGGAGACCGCCGAGAUUUUAGAGUGCCAUAAACGCAAGUGCAAUAGUAAGCAUGAAAGCUCAACGACAAGGUUCCGGCAAGCGUCGGAUGGUCAUAUUGCAGUUGAUACCGAAAGGGAAUGGAACCAAUGGGCCGCCGAAUGUCAAUGCAAGGUGGUCGAACGAAUGCUCGGCGGCGAUCCGGCUCCAUUUCUGCUGCUCGAGAACGUCGUCGCCCACUUCUCGCGUCCGUGCGUUCUCGAUUUGAAGGUCGGCACCCGACAGCACGGCGACGACGCUUCCGAAUCGAAGAGGCGUCGCCAACUCAUGAAAUGUCGACAAUCGACGUCGGCGACGCUCGGCGUCCGAAUGGUCGGAAUGCAAUUGUACGAGGCCGAAACGAAAACCUACUCGUACGUCGAGAAAAUGGAAGGCCGCCGAAUCGACGCCGUCGGCUUUCGCGCCUACGUUCGACGAUUCGUCAAAUGUUGCGGAUGCGCGCGUGCGGCGCGCAUUAGGCACAAGCUCUCGAUGCUUCGAAGUCUUUUGGCCGAAUCCGAAGGCUAUCGAUUCUUUUCGGCGUCGAUUCUGAUUGCGUUCGACGCCGAAGCGGCCGAUUCAUCCAACGAGGACGCCGUCAAAGUCAAUAUUAUCGAUUUUGCGCAUUCGACGUUUUCCGGAUUUUUUGAGGAUAUGCAAUAUUCCGGAGCCGAUGAGGGCUGUAUGCUGGGCAUUGACAGCAUUCUCGAAGCGAUGCAACCAUCAACGUUUAAAAAAGAACCAUCGCCGACAGUUUUCGACAAAAAUCCAGUGUAA